AUGUUUACCAAAAUCUGCCUGGUAGCCGCUGUCAUCUUCGUGAUUGGUGCUGAAGCACAAGACCACCACCACGAGCACCACCACCAUGCUUCCUCCUCACAGAGCCUCAAGCAAUACCACGGAAAGGCCACUGAGAAACACGUCGAAUACUACUCUCACCCCAAGUACGAGUUCGCGUACAAAGUGGAGGACCCUCACACCGGUGACAAGAAGUCCCAACAUGAGUCCCGCGACGGUGACGUCGUGAAGGGCGUGUACAGUCUGCACGAGCCCGACGGCACUGUCAGGAUCGUGGAGUACCACGCUGACAAGAAGACUGGAUUCAACGCUAAUGUGAAGCAUGAAGGUCACGCCAAACACAUCGUUCCUGAACACCACCACCACCACUGAUUCUGUGAUAUAAUGCCCUUGUUAUACUUUGACUCGUUGACUAUUGUGUAAUAUU